UGUCUGACCACUAUAUAAGGUCUGCUCCUGCUCCACUUGUCAGUCUCUUCAAGAACUCCACCAGACCUCCAUCAUGAAGUUUGUCACUCUUGCUGUCACCUUGUUACUGGCCAUUGGCUCUCAGGCUGCUUCCGUGCAGGUUGAUCAACCCAGUCCCCUGGCCCAUGUCCGGGCUGCUGCGGAUGUCUAUUUGACACAAAUAAAAGAGAGUGCCAAGAGGGCCCUUGACCAGCUUGAUGAUACUGAAUACAAAGAUUUUAAAGUUCUACUUAGUUCACACCUGGAUGAAUUGCACACUCAGAUCAAAACUCUGCAGGGUUCCGUUUCUCCCAUCACCGACGGUGUGGCUUCUACACUCGCUGAAAUUACGCAGCAAUUCCGUCACGAUGUCCAGGUGGAUAUCGAUGCCUUGAAAGCGGAAAUUGAGCCCCAAAAAACAAAACUGAAGGAGAUCAUUGACAAACACAUCGAAGAGUACCGUGUUCUUCUUGAGCCUGUGAUCACAGAGUAUCACGCGACACACACCGCUCAAAUUGAGGCUCUGAAAACCAAGCUGGAGCCCAUUAUUGAAGACCUAAAAGACAAGGUGACUCUCAACGUUGAAGAGACCAAGGGGGCGCUCAUCCCUAUUAUCGAGUCUGUGCGAAACAAGAUUGGUGCACGUCUGCUGGAUCUGAAAGAGAACAUUAAACCCUAUGUGGACGACUAUAAAGACCAGUUCAAGCAGGCCUACAACCAAGCAAAAUCCAUCAAAUCAGAAGACCUCUCUGCCCUGACAGAGAAGAUUUCCCCUUUAGUUGAAGAGAUCAAGGGGAAAUUCCAAAAUAUCUUCGAGAUCGUCUUUGCAACCUUCAACAAGAGCUAAAUUCUGGCCAGCUAUCCUGUAUUACUGCGCUUACUUCUGUUAGUUAUCGACCUAUAGCCAUUAUUCAUACCUAUUUUCUUUACAUCCAAUUACAUUAAGUAUCAACCGUUCAAAAUGAAGCAAGUGCCUUAUUGAUGCCCUUCCGAGCAACAAAAUGGAUCCACUCUUGUUCUUUCUUUCACUCUUGUGAACACAUUUCUUCAUAUGCGCAUGGUCAACCAUGCCAUUCAGGAAUGCAUACAUACCGAGCACAUGCAUGCUUUCAUUGUCACAGACCAAGGCCAAUUAGUACUGCCCUUUUUUGUACAUUCAUUUUAACUGGAUUAUCACAAGUGGCUUUGUGAUGAUGCUUGUCUCAUGAAAACCUCUUUGGAAAAAGACAACUGA